CCCAAACAGACUCAAACCCAAUUGUAAACGUUGAUAGAACGGUUUGUUCAUGGUGGUACUGUACUGUUUUUGGAUCGUAUAGGUGAACAGUAAGAGUGAAACUAUUUGUUGAGGUUUUUUGGAGAUUAGAAAGAGGAUGGAUGGGUGGUUGCUUCAUGCGUCGAUGGUGCAACGGAGGAGGAGGAGAGCUGAUUGGCACCCACACCACGGCGAUACCCCUUACCUUUGUCACCCCUCUAGUGCACGAUGGCUCGAAACAUCAUCGUUGAUGGCGGCUACGACGACGACAAUGGAUGAAACGGCUGUCAGAGCCCGUCAAAGGCUUGAGGAGAAGCUCGGUUGCUUACCUUCUUCUUCCAGGCGGAGAACUGUUCAAGUAAACUCAAGUGGAGGCAGCAACAUAAUAGCAGAAAAGAUGAAUGCUUGGUUGUGUUCAAGACUACGAGGUAAAUGCUGGUUUUCCGAACUCAGGAACAGUGAAGCAGAUAGGCAACAGAUCUGUGUUGUAUGUUUAGAAGAUUUUGAGGAAGAGCAACAAGUAAUAUACCUCCCAUGUUCUCACAAGUACCACACAAAUUGCCUUCUACCUUGGCUUGCUGCUCAUCCCUAUUGCCCUUGCUGCCGAACUCCCGUUCAACCUGAUAUUCCUAACUAAUAAUGUUGUCAGUGUCAUCGUUUUCUAGUCGUAAAUGUCGUUUAGAUCACGUUUAAUGCAUUUUUCUAUUUUAUUUUGUAAUUUCAAGUAUUUUGGAGUUUUUGAGUAUUUAGCAGGUGAUAUUGUUAAUGAUGUUUUUCUAAGAAACUAUUCUUCUCUACCCAAUGGAUUUGGUGUUUUAAGA